GGGGACUAAUUAAAACUACAACAUACUCAUUAAAUCUCAUCACUUGCUAUAACUACUCAUUCAUAACAUUAUUGUUGUUAAUUACAUAAUUAGACUACUAUAUAAGCUAAUAAUAUGAAUAUGAAUAGAAUAAUGUUUAGAGUUUAUAUGGGCAUUGCCAUAAUUUUUAUGGGGUUAAGUGGGGAGUGUUAUGGUGCUUUGAAGAAUGGUUAUUACAGCCUAAAAUGCAUGAGCACCACCACUAAUAGGGAAAGCUCGGGUUCAUGGACUAGAACCCGAACUGUAACAUCAUCAGUUGAUGUCGAGCAAACUGUCAGAACUGCCAUGAAACAAGCUUAUAAUGAUGACGCUAGUAUUGUUGCUGCUCUUCUUCGUAUGCAGUUUCACGACUGUUUUGUUAAGGGUUGUGAUGCUUCAAUUCUAAUAGAUAGAAAUAAAAAUGGGGCAGCAACAGAGAAAAGAGCAGGUGCAAAUCUAAGUGUAAGAGGUUAUGAAAUUAUAGAUGAUAUAAAGAACAUUUUUGAGACUCAAUGCCCUAAUGUUGUCUCUUGUGCUGACAUCAUCACCAUGGCUACAAGAGAUGCUGUUUUCUUCUCUAGUAGUGGUGAAAUAGAUUAUGGUGUAGAAAAUGGAAGAUUAGAUGGAAAAGAAUCUAAGGCAUCAAAUGUUAAUCUUCCUUCUACUAAAAUAUCAGUCUCUGACUCUAUUAAGGCCUUUCAGCAAAAAGGACUUGGUGUUAAUGACAUGGUUUAUCUUCUUGGCGGUCACUCGGUGGGAGUAUCAGAAUGCACUUUCUUCGAAGAUCGUCUAUACAACUUCGGUGGUAGCAACAGAGCUGACCCGACCAUGGACUCAUCCUUGGUAAGCAGACUCAAGUUGCAAUGCCCUCCAGGCUCCCUUAGCAGUGCUUUCUUAGAUCAGACACCAAGGAGUUCUAUGGUCAUAGACAAGUCAUUCUACAAUCAACUUAUAAUGAAAAGAGGUGUUCUUGCAAUCGACCAAAAGUUAGCCAAUGAUGCUCAGACCAAGAGCAUCGUGUCUGCCCUAGCUAAAGGGUCGGUGGACUUUCGCCAAAAGUUUGGGGAGGCCAUGGUCAAGAUGGGACGAAUUGGAGUCAUCACUGAUGCUACUAAAGGCGAGAUUAGAAAAUUUUGUCGAGCAACAAAUUAAAUUAAAUAAUAUGAUCAUUAUUAUUAGAAAUAAUCCUUUGGAUUGAGAUUGUUGCUUUUAUUUUAGUUAUUUUUUAUUUUAUUUUUCUUUUGAAUAUUUUAAUAAUUGUGUACAAGAAAUAAUUACAGUUUCACUAUAAGAAAAUUUGAAUGAUUUGGCUC